ACCCGGGAGGGUCUUGGUGGCAACCCAAGUCCUCACAAAAAACUGCAGCUUUGGGGUGAAAUCUGUUUUCUGGGACUUAAGGGUGUGCUAGGUUAGCCAGCAGCUGGUUCCUGAACCAGGAAGCUGGGCUGAUGGACUGGGCAAAAGGGAAAGAAUGGAUAGAACAUUGGGAAGAACCAGGAUGAACAAGCCUCUGCUCCCUGCCUGGGUCCUUCAUUCUCCUUUGGUCUCCCCGGCUCCUGGGCAUCCUGGGGAGAAGGAAGGAGCUGAGGGUCUGCUCCCCAGGGCAGAGGUUUUCAUGGGCAGAUGAGCUGACUGGUUGGGGAAGGUGGGGCUGAACUCUGGUUUCUGGGGGGAUUGGGAGGACAGUUGAUGGGACCUGGCUGGGAGGCAGUGGGGGCUGGAAAGUGCAGCUGCACCCUGCUCUGCCUGAUCUUUCAUGGGCAGGUCACUUCUGUGCCUGUCCCACUGUUUGUCAGGAGGGUCAGGGGCACACUAUCUGCUGAGGCUAUACACAGGGCUCUGGUAAGCAGUGGGGCCAUUUGUGAGCCAUCAGUAGUAGAGGGUGCCAUCAGCAGGUGAGGGGAGCCGAGCUUUGGCUUGGCAUCCGCAGGUGCCUGUUAAGCCCUGGUCUGGCUGUCUGACCUUGGGCUCUUCCCUUCCUCAGACCUUGGACUCCUCAUUGCAACACAGUUACCCAGCUGGGUGUCUAUGGGAGUCAGAUGGGAAUAAUGUAAAUGUUCUGCAUGAUGGUUGUGCAUACCCCAUGCUUUGUCCUUUCUACAGGGUCAACUGUCAUCUGUCUGGGUGUCUGGCUUUGUGGGACGGUGCAGAGCCCACUCUGUCCUGUGGCCUUGCCAACAUUCCACUGACCCCUGAGACGCAGCGGGACCAGGAGCGGCGGAUUCGGCGGGAGAUCGCCAACAGCAACGAGCGGAGGCGCAUGCAGAGCAUCAACGCGGGCUUCCAGUCCCUCAAGACCCUCAUCCCCCACACAGACGGAGAGAAGCUCAGCAAGGCAGCCAUUCUCCAGCAGACGGCGGAGUACAUCUUCUCCCUGGAGCAGGAGAAGACCAGGCUCCUGCAGCAGAACACACAGCUCAAGCGCUUUAUCCAGGAGCUGAGCGGCUCAUCCCCCAAGCGGCGGCGGGCAGAGGACAAGGAUGAGGGCAUCGGCUCGCCGGACAUCUGGGAAGACGAGAAGGCAGAGGAUCUGCGUCGGGAGAUGAUCGAGCUCCGGCAGCAGCUGGACAAGGAGCGCUCGGUGCGCAUGAUGCUGGAGGAGCAGGUGCGCUCGCUGGAGGCCCACAUGUACCCAGAAAAGCUCAAGGUGAUUGCACAGCAGGUGCAGCUGCAGCAGCAGCAGGAGCAGGUGCGGCUGCUGCACCAGGAGAAACUGGAGCGGGAACAGCAGCACCUGCGGACCCAGCUGCUGCCCCCCCCGGCCCCUACCCACCACCCCACAGUGAUCGUGCCGGCACCACCCCCUCCCUCCCACCACAUCAACGUCGUCACCAUGGGCCCCUCCUCGGUCAUCAACUCUGUUUCCACGUCCCGGCAAAAUCUGGACACCAUCGUGCAGGCGAUCCAGCACAUCGAGGGCACCCAGGAAAGGCAGGAGCAGGAGGAGGAACAGCGACGAGCCGUCAUCGUGAAGCCAGGCCGCAGCUGCCCGGAGGCCCACGCCUCUGACACUGCCUCCGAUUCGGAGGCCUCGGACAGCGACGCCAUGGACCAGAGCCGGGAGGAGCCAGCAGGGAAUGGGGGGCUUCCCUGACCACCCCCCAGCCCUCCUCUCCCCUCUUGGAGCUGGAGGGGGCCGGGGGGCAGCUACAGGGAGCAAACGCAGGUGAACGAGUGAGGAAUUUUUACAAAAUUACAACGUCAUUUGGGUCUCUUUUAUGACCUCUUUUUCAAUACUGUAAAUCGACCUUUGAGUGAAGCCACCCGACCUGAGGUCCCCGGGGGCUGGGGUGGCAGGGGCAUGUUGAGCACCGGGACACCUGGGGCUGGGCCUCGCCCCGGAGGCUGGGGGAAGCUGACACAGGUGCCUGGCCUCUCUCCGCCAAAAAGCAUUUUUUCAUUUAAACAUGUUUUUAAGAACAGGGAAAAAUCAAACAAAACCCCAAGGUAUGCUGCCCUCCCCAGAGCCAGCCCUAGACCGGCAGUUUCUGACUCCUUCCCUCCUCUUUUUGUUUUUUUCCUUUCUCCUUUAAGCACUUACAUGGGUUGGGGGUCUGGCUGGGUCGGAGCUCUCUGGGGACCCCGGGGGUCUACGUUGCUUCUCGGUUGGGGUUUGCUGCUGCCCUUCUCCCCUCCCCUCCCGGCCUCGGCUCAGCUCGAGGAUUUCCCCACCACCACCCAGCCCCACCCCUCCCUCCAGGUUUCCCAUCUUCCACCCCAAAAAUGUCUUUGUCUCUCUCUUUUUGUUGUUUGUUGUUGGUUCCUUUUGGUUUUGGUUUUUUAUCUUUUUGUUUUGUUUUUGUUUUGUUUUUGUUUUGUUUUUUUUAUUUUUGUUUUUUUUUUUUUAAACAAUUUUGAGGUCUUUGUGUUCAAGGAGAAGCUAUUAUAUUUUGUUAAGAAAGUGGGGGGAAAAACCAAGAGGCCACCGUGCCUUUAUAAAGAAACAAAAUAAAGUUUGUACUUUGUUUUUUA